GAACCACAUAAUGAUAAUGAUAAUCCUGAAGAUGUUAUGCAUCAAACAAACAUUGAGAACUUAGAUGUACAUGUCUCUAAUCGUCCACAACGAUACUUGGAUAAAAGUAAACAAAUGGAUGAUGCCAAAUAUGAAAAAAAACCCAAUUGGUCUGAAAUACAAAUAUCAUUAGCAAAUGCUGCAAAUAAAAAGGAUUUAGAAAAAAGCACAAAGGCAUGA